GUGGCCUGGCGCUAGGACGGCUCGCAGCUUUUGGGUGUUUUCGGUGUUAGGGCUGCGGCCGAAACUCUACAACACCGAUUUCACCACAAGCUACUCACGAUGGAGGCCAGAAGAGCGGAGUUAGAACGGAAACGCCAGAAGUUAGAGCAGCUACGUAUGGAACGGCUGAAGAAAAAGGAGGAAAAGGAGAAGAAAGACAGCAGGUUGAAUGACGUUGACGACGGGUCGAAAUCGAGGUCGGACCAUGCCAUCGACCCGGAUGAGUUGUUGUCGUCGUUGGGGAUAACGUUGACGCGAGAUUUGAGCGUAAGCAGCGUGUCAACGCCUCCGACGGGCUCGCCGAACGCCAGCAGCACUGCCUCCAGCCUCGACCACCAGUCCCUGCCGGCGCAACAAGAGCCUCAGCAGCAGCCGGCGCCGACCAAGACUCAAAAGAAACCUAAGCUGAGCAUCUGCACGGUGCACCAGACCAACAUACCACCCCGGGAGAAUGUCACAUACAACAAGCAGACGCAGACAGCUCCGUCAGGAGAAAGAGAUGCAUCAGAGCCAGCUGGAAAAUCCGCCCACCCACUGGAUUACUACGUGAUACAUUGGGAUGAAGACGACGGUCACUUUGUUUUUCCUACCGCAAUAGAGUGGGAUGACGAGUUUCAAGUGUUGGCUUUUGGGGACGUCCUAGCGGAGGAAGACGGCUCCUCACUGGGAGCGGUGGUGGAGGGAGCGCUACCCCUGCAUGAGCCACACCAGCACAAGGUGACAGGUCUGCCCCACAUCGAGCCUGUGCGGCCUGCCCAGACGCCUGCUGAGGGAGCCUCUGACGGGCACCGGCCAACUGCGGAGCAGGACAAGCCUAGAGUGCCUCGUGAACUGAGCGAGGAGGAACGGCAGCAGAUCCUUCUGAGCGACGACUUCCGCAGCUUCCUGGCUCGCUCUUCACGUGUCAUUGAGCGAGCACUAUGCGAGAAUGUGGACAUAUGCAUCGACUACAGUGGUACCACAGAAGAGCAGGACAGUGAUGACAAGAGUGGCAUCAAGCUGUCCCUGAACAGGGUGUUCGCAGAUGAUCGGUGGUCCAAGAACAGGAUUGUCACCAGCUUUGACUGGUCUUCACAGUUCCCGGAGCUUCUGGUGGCAUCGUAUGGGAACAACUACGACUCUCCAAAUGACCCUGAUGGUGUCUGCCUUGUAUGGAACAUGAAAUUCAAGAAAACCACACCUGAGUAUAUCUUCCACUGUCAGUCUGCAGUGGUGUCAGCAUGCUUUGCCAAGUUCCACCCGAACCUCAUCAUUGGAGGCACCUACUCUGGCCAGAUUGCGCUUUGGGACAACCGGAAUAACCGGCGAACGCCCGUUCAACGGAGUCCUCUUUCGGCCGCCGCACACACACACCCCGUCUACUGCGUCCAAGUAGUCGGUACGCAGAAUGCCCACAACCUGGUCAGCGUAUCCACAGAUGGCAAGUUCUGUACCUGGAGCCUUGACAUGCUGUCAGCGCCGCAGGACGUGCUGGAUCUGACACAGCAGAAGCAGUCACGUGCCAUUGCGGUCACCUCCCUCUCAUUCCCCAUGGGUGACUGCAACAACUUCAUCGUAGGAAGUGAGGAAGGUGCCGUCUAUACAGCAUGUCGGCACGGCACCAAAGCAGGCAUCCUGGAGGCAUUUGAAGGCCAUCAAGGUCCCGUGACAGCAGUGCACUCACAUGGCUGCCAGAGCCAAGUGGACCUGUCGCACCUCUUUCUCACAUCUUCCUUCGACUGGACUGUCAAGCUCUGGAGCCUGAAGGAGUCCAAACCCAUCUACUCAUUUGAAGACAAUGGGGACUAUGUGUACGAUGUCAGAUGGUCCCCAGUGCACCCAGCACUGUUCGCAUGCGUUGAUGGCACGGGGCGGCUCGACUUGUGGAAUCUCAACAACGACACGGAGCUCCCCACAGUGAGUGAAGUGGUGGAUGGAAGCCCUGCGCUGAACAGGGUCAUCUGGACACCUUCAGGACACCAGGUGGCAGUGGGUGACGAUGCUGGGAAAGUGUGGGUCUACGACGUUGGGGAGCAACUGGCCGUGCCAAAGAGUGACGAGUGGUCCAGGUUUGUACAGUCCCUUCAGGAGCUGAAGAACAACCAGGCUGACCAGGAGCUCGACAGCUUCAACUUGGCGCCUACAACAGUGACUUUGUCGUCGUCUUCGCCGCUUUCCUCUUACGCCUGAUUGAUGUUCUCCUUGUGCGAGAACACCUGGAGGUGCCAUUUUGCAGCGAACCACCAACCACACUGCUGUGCAGCUAAUUUAUGCUAUCGCAUGCAACGCUGUUAUUUAAGAAGUCUGUGGACAUUGGGGGGCGAAAGGAACACAGAUUUUUGUUACCAUUCUUCUUCUUUGUUGCUCGUGCAGCUGAAAGAAUGUGGGAAGAGGUGAAGGUUCUGCUCACGUGACAGAACCUGCGUGUGUACACAUGUACAGAGUAGGCAACAUUUCUAUAGAGAGAGAGUAAAUUAAAACUCAACACGCAGCAACUUUGGUUGCAGUCCCAGUUUUUAUCCCUUUCCUUGUGUUGCACAACCCCUUUCAUGUGCGUAAGUAUGGGUGGCGCUGUCGCUUGUUCCGGUGGCCUGUAUUAAAGGGGGAAUUGUGUAGCAUUUAUAAAUAAAGCUAUGAUGAUGUGCAA